CUCGCGCUGCAGACGAUAAAGUGUCAAAAGUGAUUUUUAAUUUGGGUUUGUAGAUGUGAAGACAUCUACCAUCCUGUAAGCUCUUUCUAAGUGGACCGGAGAGGUGUGUCUUCAAAAAAAGUUGACUCCAACCCCUCCCACGGGCUGUUUCGUAGCCAUAAACUUUGCUGGUGCUUGGAGAAGUUGUUCUCAUAGCCAUCAGCUUCGGCUGAGGUGGAGUCAAUCGAUCCGAGCGACCGUCCGCACAGCAUCUGAGUGCCAAAGCCCGCCGCUCUGUGACCUCUACUCAGCUGCCAGCAUGGAAGACUCUUCGGAGCAGUCCCACUGGGCGUCCCCCUCUCUGCUCAGCUCUGAUCCUCUGGCGAGUUUCUCCUCUGAUCCGGGUCUGUUGCCUCCAGAGGAGGGGGAGGCUUUCUUCUCCAGUCAGGACUCGGACUUCACCGGCCUGCCUUCCUUCUUUUCCAACCAAAGCCACAGUCGAGCACCGUCCUCAUACAGACACAGCUCAGUCCGACAGGUGUUCUCACCCGGCCUCCUCAGCAAUUUCCAGUUGCUGGAUGGGCCCCCCAGCCACUCCCUGAACUCACCCUACAACCCCACCAUUUCCACCUGGAGCAGUAGCCCCCUCUCCAAAACCCCACUGCACUCACAUACCCCCACUUCACUCUACACCCCCGGGGUAACCCCUUCCUUCACCACCUCAUCCCCGAGCAGGGAAGGGAGGGAGAGUCCCCGGCUUCAGGAGGCACUCAAGGCGGAGCGCUUGAGCCCACUUGGCGGGUUGGGGGCCAGCAGUAGCAGCUUCCUGAACCUGACGCCUGCUGCUGGGGGCCUGUACACCCCAUCAUCUCACUCACACAUGCUGAGCCCUUACAGCUCCUACAUGGGCGGGCCGCAGGAUUACAGCUCUGCGGCCCUGUACUCUGGUGCCGGAGCAUGGAUUAGCCCCUCCUACUCUCCCAAACUCCGCAACAAGAUAAGGGCAACCACCCCAGAGGCCAGAGAGUGUGUGAACUGUGGAGCCACAGCUACACCCCUGUGGCGCCGCGAUGGAACAGGCCACUACCUGUGUAACGCCUGCGGACUGUACCACAAGAUGAACGGCCAGAACAGGCCUUUGAUUCGCCCCAAGAAGAGGCUGAUUGUUAGCAAGCGUGCAGGAACCCAAUGUGCCAACUGCCACACAAGCACGACAACGCUGUGGAGACGAAACGCCAACGGAGAGCCGGUCUGCAAUGCCUGUGGACUCUACUUUAAGCUGCACAACGUAAACAGGCCUCUUACCAUGAAGAAAGAAGGCAUUCAAACCCGCAACAGGAAAGUCUCUAACAAAAAUAAGAAGAGCAAGAAGGCCGCUCUGCUGGAGCCGUACUCGGAGGCAGGUCAGGCAGCUUCUUUGGAUGAAAGCGGCUUUUCCUUCAGUCCUGGAACUCUCCUCCCAUACGGUCAUGCACCGCACCUCAUCCCAACGCCAUCCCCCCUGCACCCCUCCGGCAGCUUACCUUACCCGCACCACCUCAACACGGGAAUGGUGCCAACACUGGUGUGAAAAGAAAUCGGCUCUUUGUCUGCUUUUUUGGAAAUGCUUUCUUGUUUUUUAGUGUGUUUUUGUAUAUAAUAUUACCAUGUGAAUUGUUUAAAUAACUGUAUUUUAUCAGAAAACACAAUUUGUUUUUUUUCUGUGUGAAGUUUAAAAAUUCCUCCACCUAAUACGUGACAAACGUGAGAUGGAAUUCUUUCAGCUGUAAAAGCAAACUCUAACAUAAUCUGAAGGCUACAUCUUUAUAAGAAUUCCUUUUCUAUUAUGUAUGCUUAACGGGACACUGUUAUGUAUUUGCAUAAUUGAUACUACCACACUGAAACCAGAGAGUAUAAUAAAACGUUUGACCUAUUCUG